AUGCCUCAACGCGGGGCUGUCUCUUUGAAUGGAGAUUCUGAUCACAAUGGCAGCACGAAGAAUGAUUGCCAUUCAUCCGAACAACAAAAUGGAUAUCACACACCACACAGGAAGGUUUUUGAUAACGAAGAAUUUCAACCUAACAAUACAGAAGAAGCGGACGACAAUAUGAUUAGGUAUCCCGAUGGCACUGUGCGGCUACGCAACUCCAACAUCGAACUCAUGGACCAAGAUAUACUCUACCACUUGGCACUGGGCAGCGGCUCUCAUGAUCUCGUAGAGAUGUUUGGAGACGUUAAGUUCGUGUGUAUGGGAGGUACCCCGAAACGGAUGGAGGAGUUCGCGUACUUUAUCAUGGCAGAAAUUGGUCACAAGUUACCGUGCGGCACAACUUUGCAGGACAUCAGCCAAUUUUCUUACCGAUACUCUAUGUAUAAAGUUGGGCCUGUGCUAUCUAUCAGCCAUGGUAUGGGUAUCCCAUCCGUAGGGAUCCUUCUUCACGAAGUUAUUAAGCUGAUGUACCACGCUAAAGUACGGGACCCAGUCUUCUUCAGGAUCGGCACUUGUGGGGGCAUCGGAUAUGAAGGCGGUACUGUUGUUAUAUCUGAAGAGGCGGUCGAUGGUGCUCUUAAGAAUGUUCUUGAACUGAUCGUUCUUGGUAAGAAUAUUCAGCGACCUGCAAAAUUGGAUAAGAGGUUAGCUCGCGAGUUGAAGGCGUUGUCAGACCCAGAAGAUCCAUACGACACAGUGAUGGGCAAGACUAUGUGCACUUAUGACUUUUAUGAAGGGCAAGGUCGGCUUGACGGUGCUUUCUGCGACUUCACCGAGACAGACAAGAUGGAAUACUUAGAGAGCGUCCACAAGGCGGGAGUAGUCAACAUAGAAAUGGAGUCACUCGCUUUCGCCGCCCUGACGCACCACGCCGGCAUCAAGGCGGCCGUCGUGUGCGUCACGCUUCUCGACCGGCUCAAAGGAGAUCAGGUUCUAGCUCCUAAAGAGGUAUUGGAUGAAUGGCAGCAACGUCCAACUAAACUGGUUUGCCGAUAUAUCAAAAGGUAUUUACAAAUGAAAGGCCGCUUGUCUUUGGACGGCCAUGGAUCCGUUACCGUCAAAAGCCCCCGGCGGUUUAAGCUAGUGCAGCAGGAGUCGGAAACAUACGAC